AUGCGAGGGGUUAAACUCUUAGCCGCGUGCCUCUACCUGGCCGCAGCCGCAACGGUGGUGGUCCGAGCCGAAGACCCUUACUUCCACCACGUGUGGAACGUGACCUACGGAACCGUAUCUCCUCUCGGCGUCCCACAACAAGUCAUCCUCAUCAACGGCAAAUUCCCUGGUCCCAACAUCAACUCAACCUCCAACAACAAUAUCAUCAUCAAUGUCUUUAACAACCUCGACGAACCCUUCCUCCUCACUUGGAAUGGGAUCCAGCACAGGAAGAACUGUUGGCAAGAUGGGACUCCAGGAACAAUGUGUCCCAUCAUGCCUGGCACCAACUUCACUUACCAUUUCCAGCCUAAGGAUCAGAUCGGAAGUUACUUCUACUACCCGAGCACCGCGAUGCACCGUUCUGCUGGUGGAUUCGGUGGACUCCGUGUCAACAGCCGUCUCCUCAUCCCUGUCCCUUACGCUGACCCGGAAGAUGACUACACCGUCCUCAUCGGUGACUGGUACACUAAGAGCCACACCCAAUUGAAGAAGUUCCUCGACGGUGGUCGUACUCUCGGUCGUCCAGACGGUAUUCUCAUCAACGGAAAGGCCGGGAAAGGCGAUGGAUCAGACGCGCCUCUCUUCACCUUGAAACCUGGAAAGACUUACAGGGUUAGGAUCUGUAACGUGGGUCUCAAGACAUCUCUCAACUUUAGGAUUCAGAAUCACAAGAUGAAGCUCGUUGAAAUGGAAGGAUCGCAUGUUCUCCAAAACGACUACGACUCUCUAGACGUCCACGUUGGCCAGUGCUACGGCACGAUCGUUACCGCUAACCAAGAACCUAAAGAUUACUACAUGGUUGCAUCCUCUAGGUUCUUGAAGUCGGUUAUUACCACAACCGGACUUCUCCGCUACGAGGGAGGCAAAGGCCCCGCCUCUUCGCAGCUCCCAGCUGGUCCAGUCGGAUGGGCUUGGUCGUUGAACCAGUUUAGAUCUUUCAGGUGGAACUUGACCGCUAGUGCAGCCAGGCCUAACCCUCAGGGAUCUUACCACUACGGAAAGAUCAACAUCACACGCACCAUCAAGCUCGUGAACACUCAGGGCAAGGUUGAUGGCAAGCUUAGGUACGCCUUGAACGGUGUCUCCCACACCGACACCGAAACCCCACUGAAGCUCGCCGAGUACUUUGGUAUGGCCGACAAGGUCUUUAAAUACGAUACCAUCAAUGAUAACCCGACCCCGGAACAGAUCAAGACCAUCAAGAUCGAGCCAAACGUUCUUAACAUCACUCACCGUACCUUCAUCGAGGUGGUGUUCGAGAACCACGAGAAGAGUGUUCAGUCGUGGCACUUAGACGGUUACUCCUUCUUCGCCGUCGCCGUUGAGCCAGGGACUUGGACCCCAGAGAAGAGGAAGAACUACAACCUCCUGGACGCAGUGAGCAGACACACAGUCCAAGUCUACCCAAAGUGCUGGGCAGCAAUCUUGCUCACAUUCGAUAACUGUGGAAUGUGGAACAUUAGAUCUGAGAACACCGAGAGACGUUACUUAGGACAGCAGCUUUACGCGAGUGUCUUGUCGCCAGAGAAAUCACUCAGAGAUGAAUACAACAUGCCUCCGACAAGCCUCCAAUGUGGUCUCGUCAAGGGAAUGCCUAAGCCUAACCCUUACGCUGGAGCCUAA